CUCUCUCUCUCUCUCUCUGGAGAAGGUCCUUGGUCGUCGUGUGCGGCCGCUCGCGUUGUCGGGAAGCAGCUCACCCAGCGCCGACGCCCGAGCAAGUAGCUUUCUCGCUGCCAAGAACCCUGCCGGACGGCGGCGGCGCCCUCUGGCUGGCAGCGACGUGGCACAGCGCCCCUGCUCCAUGCUUAAGGACCAGUGAGUCCACGCGACCAUGAAGCAGUCCCCGGCGAACUCUGCUGUCGUCCCCGCGGCCGCGGCGGCCUCCGCCGGCGGGGGGCCAUGCGAAGGGGAGCGGAAGGCGCCGACGAUCAACGCAGACCUGUGGCACGCCUGCGCGGGCCCGCUCGUGUCGCUGCCGCCGGUGGGGAGCCUCGUCGUCUACUUCCCUCAGGGCCACAGCGAGCAGGUUGCAGCCUCUAUGCAAAAGGAUAUCGAUACACAUGUGCCAAGCUACCCAAAUCUUCCUUCGAAGUUGAUAUGUCUUCUCCACAGUGUUACUUUGCAUGCAGACCCAGACACUGACGAGGUGUAUGCACAGAUGACUCUUCAGCCAGUGAACACAUAUGGAACAGAGGCUUUACAGCUAUCGGAGCUUGCACUAAAACAAUCAAGGCCACAGUUGGAGUUCUUCUGUAAGCCACUUACUGCAAGUGAUACAAGUACACAUGGAGGCUUCUCUGUGCCUCGCCGCGCUGCAGAGAAGAUAUUACCUCCACUGGACUUCAAUAUGCAGCCUCCAGCUCAAGAAUUGCAAGCCAGAGACAUACAUGACAAUGUGUGGUCAUUUCGUCAUAUAUUUCGAGGUCAGCCCAAAAGGCAUUUACUCACUACUGGCUGGAGCCUUUUUGUGGGUGGCAAGAGACUAUUUGCUGGUGAUUCUGUCAUUUUCGUCAGGGACGAAAGGCAGCAACUUCUGCUAGGAAUUAGGCGGGCUAGCCGACAACCCAGUAAUAUAUCUUCUUCAGUACUCUCAAGUGACAGUAUGCACAUAGGAGUGCUCGCUGCAGCGGCCCAUGCUGCUGCCAACAAUAGCCCAUUUACAAUAUUUUACAACCCAAGGGCUAGUCCUACUGAAUUUGUUAUCCCUUUUGCCAAGUACCAGAAGGCACUGUAUAGUAACCAGAUAUCUUUAGGAAUGCGCUUCCGGAUGAUGUUCGAGACAGAGGAGUUAUCAACAAGAAGGUACAUGGGUACAAUUACUGGGAUAAGUGAUCUAGAUCCUGUACGAUGGAAAAACUCCCAGUGGCGGAAUUUACAGGUUGGCUGGGAUGAGUCUGCAGCAGGUGAAAGGCGGAACAGAGUUUCAAUGUGGGAGAUUGAACCGAUUGCCGCUCCUUUCUUCAUAUGUCCCCAGCCUUUCUUUGGUGUAAAACGCCCUAGGCAGUUAGAUGAUGAAUCAUCAGAGAUGGAAAACCUUUUUAAGAGAGCAAUGCCUUGGCUUGGUGAGGAGAUAUGCAUAAAGGAUGCUCAGACCCAGAACACCACAAUGCCUGGUCUGAGCUUGGUUCAGUGGAUGAACAUGAACAGGCAGCAGAGCUCCUCAUUAGCUAACUCGGGCAUACAGUCCGAAUACCUGCGAUCUCUAAGUAACCCUGCCAUGCAAAAUCUUGGCACCACCGAGCUUGCAAGGCUAUAUGCGCAGAACCAUCUGCAACAAAACAGUGCACACCUUAGUUCUCCUAAGCUCCCUCAGCAAAUGCAACCUGUCAAUGAGUUGUCCAAGGGAGCCCUGCCGUUUAACCAACUUGAUGCCAUCACCAAUCAUCAAGAACAGAAGCAAGAUGCUGGCAACCAGCAGAGGCAGCAGCAGUCUGUUAACCAAGCAAUUCCUUUGAGCCAAGCAAUUCCUUUGAGCCAAGCUCAAGCCAAUCUUGUCCAGGGUCAGGUAAUUAUCCAGAAUCAGAUGCAACAGCAGCAGCAACAGCAGCAGCAGCAGGAGCCAUCUGCAACUAAGAACCAGCAAGGGACCGGUGGCCAGCAGCUGCUUCUUCCUCAUCAACAGCAGGACCAAAAUUUACAACAGCAGCAACAACAGCUUUUACUUCAGCAACUGCAGCGACAACAGCAGAAUCAGCAGCAGCUAAAUAAGUUGCCUGGGCAGCUAGUGAAUCUGGUUGGUCAGCAGACUCAAUUGUCUGACCAGGAACUUCAGUUGCAGCUAUUACAGAAACUACAGCAGCAGUCACUCAUAUCACAGUCAGCAGUUACAUUCUCACGGUUACCACUAAUCCAGGAACAGCAGAAGUUACUUUUGGACAUGCAACAGCAGCUGUCGAGUUCCCAGACACUUGUCCAGCAGCGGAUGAUGCCUCAGCAAGAUAGCAAAGUUUCACUGCAGGCAUCACCAGUGCCAUCAACAAUGAAGCAAGAGCAACAGCAGAAGCUAUCGCAGAAACAAGUUGCACUUGCAGAUGUGUCAGAUGUUGCAUUUCCACCGAUCUCAUUGACCAAUGUUGUCUCGAAAACUGGAAGCCCCUUGAUGAUUCCGGGUGCUGCACAAUCUGUAUUUACUGAAGAAAUUCCUUCUUGCUCAACAGCACCUUCCACAGCUAAUGGAAAUCAUUUAGCACACCCAACCAUUGCCAGGAAUGAGCAUUGCAAGAUCAACACGGAAAAGGUGUCCCAACCAAGUGCUCUGAUGUCAAUUCCAACCUCUAUUGUAGCUUUAACAGAAAUUCCAAUAAUGACCAAGGAAUUGUCGAAGUUCAACCAUAAUAUGAAAGAGAAUGUGAUCACCCCAAAAUCACCCACUGGUGGGACUGGUCCUGCAAAUCUUGUGAACAUUGUGCCAUCAACAGACAACCUGGAAACAGCUUCAUCAGCAACUUCAUUAUGGCCUACCCAAGCAGAUGGACUUUUGCAUCAAGGCUUCCCCACUUCUAACUUCAAUCAGCAGCCAAUGUUCAAAGAUGCACUUCCAGAUGUGCAAAUUCAAGGUGUGGAUCCAACUAACAGUGCCUUCUUUGGGAUCAACAAUGAUGGACCAUUAGGCUUUCCUAUGGAAACGGAAGGCUUGUUGGUAAGUGCACUUAAUCCUGCGAAGUGUCAGAAUCAUAUGUCAACUGAUGUUGAGAACAAUUACCGAAUACAAAAGGAUGCUCAGCAAGAGAUAUCAACCUCCAUAGUUUCACAGUCAUUCGGUCAAUCUGAUAUAGCUUUUAAUUCCAUUGAUUCUGCGAUCAACGAUGGUGCCAUGUUGAACAGAAAUUCUUGGCCCCCUGCACCUCCACAACAGAGAAUGCGGACAUUCACUAAGGUGUACAAACGUGGAGCUGUGGGCCGGUCCAUUGACAUCGGUAGGUUCUCUGGAUAUGAAGAAUUGAAGCAUGCUUUGGCCCGCAUGUUUGGUAUAGAGGGCCAACUUGAAGACCGGCAGAGAAUAGGCUGGAAGCUAGUCUAUAAGGAUCAUGAGGAUGACAUACUACUUCUCGGUGAUGACCCAUGGGAGGAGUUUGUGAACUGUGUGAGGUGCAUUAGGAUCCUAUCCCCUCAAGAAGUGCAACAGAUGAGCUUAGAUGGCGAUUUGGGGAAAAAUGUACUCUCCACCCAGGCUUGCAGCAGCUCAGAUGGUGGUAACGCCUGGAGGCCUCGCUGUGACCAGAACCCUGGUAAUCCAUCCAUCGGCUUCUAUGACCAAUUCGAAUGACCUGAUUUCAGAAAUGGGCAGAUGAGAACUAUGGCUGCAAAAAAACAGCAGUGCCCAGUCAUCAACAAAAUUAUCCCCUGGAAAAGAUAUGCAGUGCAGAAUGUAGUAGAUGUCUCAGCUUGCACUUCCAUCAGCUUUUACAGCUGGGAGGGCAAAUGCUCCUCAGAUUAGGUUAUCUUCUGGAUAUAUGUGUAGUUUCUCAGUUGAAACAAAGUAGGGACGAGAAGUGAAACUCACCUAGAGCUGUUGAUUAUUGAGAACUUCAGACAGAGGGUUAGGCAAAUCUGAACUUCAGACAAGGGGUUAGGCAACUCUGAAGAUAAUGUAUUUGGUAGAGAUCGUCUGUACUGAACUGCUGCUGGGAUUGCAUGAAAUCCUUAUAAAUGAUAAUGAAUCUUGAUUCCGAAACUGCUGGAGCAGAUUUUAUGAGGUUC